AUGGAUUGUGGACUGGAAUUCAAAGACGAAAAAGAGAAAAGGAGACAUGUUUGGAAGCAUCAUAGGAGAUGGGCAACGGAAACCGACUAUCCUGGAAUUGGUGGCAAAUGUGAUGUUUGUGGAAAGAGUUUCAGUAGGGAUGACUAUGUUACGCGUCACAAGAAAGAAGAACAUGAAGGCCAGAAAAGAAAGCAAAGGUAUGAUAGUUGA